GUUGAUUUUUGUUCUCCAACUUCAGUUACGGUGCUUGGCAACAGAAAACAACUUCUCACGGGGGAAAAUGGCGAAAUUUGUAAUUGCGGGCAGGGCAAACUGCCCUUACUAUGCGAAAGUGGAACUCCUUGCAGAUGAACUGAAAGCCACUUUGCAGGAUUUUUCUGUACACAAGAUUGUUAAACAACCAGCAGAAUGGGAGGAUUGGCUACAACAACAAUGCAAACAGAACAACUGGUCAUUCAAGAAAUCACCAAUCGUUUGGAGAGAACUUAUUGAAAGAGGUGGAAAAGGAGUCCUUAUAGGUGGCUCCAACGAAUUCCAAGAAUAUGCCUAUAGCUAUUAUGGUAUCUCAUCUGAGCAAAUGAGCAUUGACAUGACCAAAAUUGCAUCUGAGAAUUUGGAGACAAAAGUUGUUGUUGACGUGGAGGAACAGCAUAGACUAAGCAUGAGUAAGCCUCUUCAAGUAUGCAUCACAAAUUCAUCUAGUCCUAUAGCCUAUCACAUGGUCAAUGAAAUAGCAAGAGGCGAUGUUCUGGGACAUGACAAGGAAGUGAGCAUUAGACUCUUGACAAAACCUGUAGACAAGGAAUUUGUAGAGGGACAAUGCAUGGAAGCAUUUGACCUAGCUUGUCCAUUGCUGAGGAAUGUAAAGGUUCACACAGAUGCCACAGCAGCUCUUACUGGUGUACAUGUUGCAGUGUUUCUUGAUGAGUUUUGUUUGACAGAAGAAGAAAGUGCCAAGCUUGGGGGUGUCAGCCAAGAAGGUUGUGCACAGUUUGCUCAGUAUGGACGCAUUUUGAACCAAUAUGCCGAUCAAGAUGUCAAGGUCUUGAUCAGUGGUAAAGGCAAACUGAACUUUUCUGCACUCAUGCUCAAACACAGUGCCCCAAGGAUUGCCCGACAGAACAUUACAAUUACCCCACGACUUCAGGAGAAUCGAGCAAAGGCAGCCAUAGCUAGGAAGAUCAACGUCAAUUCUGGGAGCGUGGCUGAUUUGAUCAUCUGGGGAAACAUUGGGGGUAUUACUCAUAAUGACAUCUCAGAAGCUCGUGUGUUCAAGUAUGAGGGAGCUGUUUGGGGUCCACCUUCAUUCUCAAGGCCUGUGACAGAAGUUGUUCAUGAUGAAAAAUGGCUCCAGACAGAGUAUUCUCAACUUCUUCAGAACCACCCCAGUGCUUUGGAAACCAUGCUGAAUCACAAAGUUGCCAUGUCAGAGGCUCAUGCUGUGACCAGUGUUCUUAACCACUGGUUCAAUGGAUCACCUGAUAAAGAAGUAUUUUCACUGGGAGUUUAUUCAGAUGGAUGGUAUGAGUUGCCAGUGGACAUCUUCUUCUCCCUUCCUGUCAAAUUUCAGAAAGGUGCCUGGGAAGUUGUCCAAGAUCGUCAGAUUACCCCUGAGGUACGGGUCCAGCUGGAUGAGAUCACCAAUGAGUUGAUUCAUGAGAGGUAUAUUAUCUUUCCCCCACCUAAAGCAGAUACCCCUCCCCCAGAGUCCUCCAUCGAGGGAGAACCAACUCCAGUAGAGGAUGAUGGGAUGGUGUUUGGCGAGGGAGAGAAAGAGAAGGGAAAGGAAGGAUCGUCAUCGGGAACAGAAGGUGAAACGUCUUCAUCACAGGAGUCAAGGUCAGGAAACCUUUCAAGGAUUGCAGAGGAAUCAGAAAGCGAUGCCAUCAAAGGAAGGCCGGGGAGUAAAUCUGAAGCAGAAAAAUCUAAACCAGCAACACCACAGACAGCUGAACCUGUGUAGAUAUAUCAAGAACUGUAUACUGGUGACAAAUGGUCUUUGAGCAUUCUUUACAUGAACACGAUUUUUUUUCAUGAAUAUCUAAUCAACAAGAUUGUUUGUUGCCUAGCAAAUAAUCUACCAAUCAUAUUCUAAUUUUUAGGAUGUCAAUUAUAUCACCAUCAUGUUACUGAAGGUCAGGUCCAGUCAAACAAUGAGUUGCAUUUGAUAAAUAGAGGAAAAUUGAACAAAUUCAUCCCUGAAAGUUUCAUCAUAAUUAAAUGUAAAAUAAGAAAAAUACGAUAUUUGAAAAGUUUGCUUAAUUUCAGCUUAACACUAAAACAUAAAUCAUUGUCAGUAUCUUAAUGAGGGAACUAGUAAUGUCACCCGUUUACUAUUACUUUGUAUUUUAUUGCAUAGAAUUCGAAAUAUAUUUAUUUUUCCUUAUUAUAGUGUUAAAUAAGUUUUGAUUCCUGCUCCAACAGUGCUUUCUUAUUGUCAAAUCAACAAAAAUUGAAAUAUUCUGUAGUUCAUACAAUGAAAUACAAAUCAAUUGUGAAUGUGUGACAUGAUCAACUCUCAUUUGCAUAUCACCUGUUAGAUUGUGCAUAGAGCUGCCAAUUUUCAUGAAAUUUUCAGUGUUUUUUUCUUUCCAUUCAAAUAAACUUUUUGUUGUAGUGGACUUGACCUUUACUAUAGAAUGUAAAUUUUAACAUUCUGCCCAGCAGUGAUCAUUUAUAGAUACAGAUUCUUAAACGAUUCCUUAGAAAUGUAGAGUGUUUUUAAUCCUCAUUAUUAACAAGGAUACUAUAGUAUAGUAUUAGAUAAUUGCUCAAUAUACAGUGCGUAUCAAGAAAAGCGGGACAGUUUUGACAAGUCUAUAAAAGAUUUGUUUCAAAUCAUGAUAUCUAUAUUUUGAUGUUAAUAGAUGCUCUGAAAUCUUAUCUUUUAAAUGCAAUUUAAAAAAAUUAAUUUUGUUCAUGCUUGAGCGAACACAGGACGUUUUUGUCGGGGGUCCAAAAAGAGGCUUGCGCCAGAAUUGCAGAAUAUGAGUAAUAUGAUGAACAGACUUCUUGCUAAUCAGAAGACUUCCUCUUAACCUUUUCAUUAUCUGUGCCAUAAUUUUCGAAUUAUGCUGUCAAAUUUUAUUAAAAAAUUUAUUGAUUUACUUGAAUUAUUAUUUUUUUUUUAUUUAAAGUUCUUUUACCUUUGAAUUUUCCUUCAUAAGUAAGAAAAAAAAAGACUUGUCAACCCAAGCAAGAAGAUUUGCAUUAUUAAUUGGUAAAAACUUGUAAUCAUUCAAAUCCUUUUAUUAUGUGAAACAAAUUAUGUUAUGGUACCUUUAAAAGACAUGAAUCAAUUUUUCAAGGGUUUAUUGAUUCCUUGACCAAGUUUAAAUAUAUGCUUGACAGGACAAACAGGAAGGGAUUCAUGUCUUUCAAUGGCAAUGGUGUAUUGAGUCGAUUUUGAAGGAGCUAGAUAUGGCAGAUCGGGUAAAAUGUGUUAAAAAGUUGUUAGCGAGCAAAGCGAGCACACAAAUAUCCCCACAUUUUUAUUACAAUAUCAAAUUUUGUGAUAGAUUUUGACAUAAUAUUCGGAAAAUAAUACCAUAUUUUACUUUCGAUAUUUCCGUUAAUUUCCUUUCCAAUUUUUUUUCUUGGUCAUGAUUUUUUUUAUUGAGGGGGGAGGGGAGCAUCCCCGAGCCCCCGCCCAUCUGUAUGGCACUGUUCAAAAGGCACCAUAACCUUUGUAGCACACAAUGAAAGGAUUUGAAAAAAAUUGUUUUUGCUUGAAGAAGGAAUAUUCAAAGCUAAAAGAGAACAUAUU